UGCGAUGUGUGUAUUUGAAGCAGAGAGAGGAGGGGAGAGAGAGGAAGGAAGAUUUAGGAAUUCGUCUGCAGACUUGGAGCUUCGCUGUUAAAUGAAGAAUAAUGGCUUAGAAAUCCAGCUGGCUGGUAGUGCACAUCCUGCAUUUGUGUGUCCUUUUGGUUACCAUCAGUGGUAAGAAACAUCCAUACAAUUGACCAAAUCCAACAGAAAAAAACAGCCACAAGAACAGCCAUCACCAGCUGCCCCUACACUCCUCACCCAACUCCAACUGGAGCAGGAUGGAGGCCUCAUUUGGCCCUACCUUCUCAGCCGUGGCUGCUGGAACUAAAGCUGAAGGAUCCAGCAACUACAAGCAGCAUAGAAGAACUCCUUCCUCCUCCAGCACUCUAACCUACUCUCCCCGGGAUGAUGACGAUGGAAUGCCUCCUAUCGGUACACCUCGGAGGUCAGAUUCAGCCAUCUCAGUCAGAUCUCUCCAUUCUGAGUCCAACAUGUCUUUGCGCUCUACUUUCUCUCUGCAUGAAGAGGAGGAGGACACAGAGCCCCAGGUGUUUGCUGAGCAGCCGUCAGUAAAACUUUGCUGCCAGUUGUGCUGUAACGUCUUCAAGGACCCAGUCAUCACCACGUGUGGGCACACCUUCUGCAGACGAUGUGCCUUGACUUCAGACAAGUGCCCCGUGGAUGCAGCUAAGCUAACGGUUGUAGUGAACAAUAUUGCCGUCGCAGAGCAGAUCGGAGAGCUGUUCGUUCACUGUAAAUACGGCUGCAGGGCCACAGCUUGCAGCACAAAUGGGGCUGCAUCCUCCACCUCCACAGUGGCCGGUAAACCUGGAGCAUUUGAGGUGGACCCCCUCGGCUGCCCAUUCACCAUCAAACUGUCCAUACGCAAAGAACAUGAGGACAGCUGUGACUACAGGCCGGUCCGCUGCCCCAACAACCCCUCCUGCCCCCCACUGCUCACCAUGAACCUUGAGGCUCACCUUAAAGAAUGUGAACACAUCAAAUGUCCACACUCAAAAUACGGUUGUACAUUCAUUGGUAACCAGGACACAUAUGAAACACACCUUGAGGUGUGUAAAUUUGAGGGUCUAAAGGAGUUUCUGCAGCAGACUGAUGACAGGUUCCAUGAGAUGCAGUUGACUCUGGCCCAGAAGGAUCAAGACAUUGCUUUCCUGCGCUCCAUGUUGGGCAAACUUUCAGAGAAGUUAGAUCAGCUUGAGAAGAACCUGGAGCUCAAAUUUGAUGUGUUGGAUGAGAAUCAGAGCAAACUGAGCGAGGACCUGAUGGAAUUCCGCAGGGAUGCCUCCAUGCUUAAUGAUGAACUGUCCCACAUCAAUGCCAGGCUUAACAUGGGAAUCCUGGGCUCAUAUGACCCCCAGCAGAUCUUCAAAUGCAAGGGGACAUUUGUUGGCCACCAGGGUCCCGUUUGGUGUCUGUGUGUCUACUCUACUGGAGACCUGCUUUUUUCUGGAUCCUCAGAUAAGACUAUCAAGGUUUGGGACACAUGCACCACCUACAAGUGUCAGAAAACCCUUGAAGGUCAUGAUGGCAUUGUUCUGGCUCUCUGUAUCCAGGGAAAUAGGCUCUACAGUGGCUCUGCAGACUGCACCAUCAUUGUGUGGGACAUCCAGACCCUGCAGAAAGUCAAUACCAUCCGUGCCCAUGACAACCCUGUAUGCACACUGGUCUCCUCUCACAACAUGUUGUUCAGCGGCUCCCUCAAGGCCAUUAAGGUGUGGGACAUAGUGGGUACAGAGCUGAAGCUGAAGAAGGAGCUGACCGGUCUGAAUCAUUGGGUUAGAGCACUGGUGGCCUCCCAGAAUCACCUGUACAGCGGCUCUUAUCAGACCAUCAAGAUUUGGGACAUCCGUUCUUUGGAGUGUGUUCACGUCCUGCAGACCAGUGGGGGCAGUGUGUACUCCAUCGCUGUCACCAACCAUCACAUUGUCUGUGGCACCUAUGAAAACCUCAUCCAUGUGUGGGACAUUGAGUCUAAAGAGCAGGUGCGGACACUGACAGGCCACGUGGGAACAGUUUAUGCUCUUGCUGUCAUCUCCACCCCUGACCAGACCAAAGUGUUCAGCGCCUCCUACGACCGCUCACUUAGGGUAUGGAGCAUGGACAACAUGAUCUGCACCCAGACCCUGCUGCGACACCAGGGCAGUGUCACAGCUCUGGCUGUUUCCAGAGGACGCCUCUUCUCUGGAGCUGUCGACAGCACCGUUAAGGUAUGGACAUGCUAAGCAAACAGUAUUCUCUGCAGGAGUCCAGUUAACUUCCCAUCUAUGUUUGUGUCAGAGGGACUCUACCAACGGUAACAAUUAACAGUCUCAGACCAGUAAUACUCCUCUGCUCCCUAUUUGAACCAUUUCACUGUCUGCAUUGCUUUCGAAUGUCAUACAAACACUCCCAACACCUGGACCCUGAUUGUCCAGAUCGUCAUUCUUAGUGACCUGUUCACCAGUGCAUUAUGGGGCAAAAUAAGACGAGCUGCCUUAUAGCUGCGCCACUCUACCAAACCAAGAUGAACUGGAUGCUGCACUCCGUUAUCAGAGCGGGAAGCAAAACGUUUGGACAGUCCUCUCUGCUUUCUGCGAACACUCCAUUCAAAAUCAGUACUGACGAUGCCUACUGCAAACUGUUUAGAUAAGUCUAGAGGCUGGUUUCACAAACAUGAUGUGACAUGUCACUCACCCCAAAUCCAGAUUUUUAUGCACUCCAGACAAAGACCAAACUGAAGAAUUCCAGAUUGGGACAAAGUAGUUAUAUCCAAAUGCAGUUUCAUGUUUAAUAUGUGCUUAAGACCGAAUUAAUCUCAGCUCAGACAUUCUCUUUUAAUGUGUUUCCAUUUGCUGGCCAAUGGUAAAACAUCAGCUACUCUGGAACUGGUGAGCGUUUAGGCAAGACUCACUGUUUGUUCACUCAUGCACAGGUUUGAGGCCACAGAUGAUCUCUGCUUUAACAACUGAAAUCAAACUACACAAAGUGUCACUGAAGUUAGAAUUUUGAUCCACAACUGUGUAACCUGGACCCUCUAAGGAAGAGGUGCUUCAAGGAAACAAAUGUAUUUAUUGCUUUUUGGUUCAUUUAAGUCUUGUGUUUUAAACCUGUAAGUAGAACUCUGUGGUUCUUGAGUCAGCGUGAGUUAAGAUGGUAAAUCUUAAAUGGAGUUAGGCUUGUAAAGCACUUUUCUAGUGUUCUGAACACUCAAGUGCGUUGUACACUACAUGUCCCACAUACUGAUGGUUGAGGCUGCUACAUAAAGGGCCAAACUGCCGAUCAGUACUAUUCAAUUCACACGCCAUUGGCAUUGCAGCAGGAGCAAUUCGGGGUUCAGUGUCUUGCCUGGGUGGCUGUGGCUGCAGGAGUUGGAGAGACUGAUGGCCAACUUCCACUAGAUGCGUGUUCGGUCCGUCUCCGCUCCGUUCCGGCAGCGGAGGUGAUAGGUUUUCACUUUAUUCCAUGUGUGUGCUUCCACUGGGUCCACUUAGCGGCGUCUCAGCUCCGUCUGAGCUCCGGCAGUCUGGAGCACUUCUAUUUUUGCCGGAUGCCGGAGCCCGGCGUAUCAAUUUAGCACAGAAAAGAUCAAGCGGGAUGGGAAGUCAGACACCGAUACAACAUUAAAACAUCCAGUUAUUUUUCAAAAUAAAACACUCCAAUUUAUCUUAUCAGAAAAAUGAGCAUUUGUUUACGUGUUUAUAAGGUUUAUAUAAAGUUGCACAGAGCCGAAACGUACCGGAGCGGAAACGCAAUGCAGACGUAUCUGGUGGAAGUUCGGGGUGACUCUUCCGCUGAGCCACAGCCUUGAGUGUAGCAGUAACUCAAAGCUUAACCACUAUUUUAAGUUUCACUUAAGAUCAUGAGCAGCUGAAAAAGUCUGUAUGAGACAUCUGUGAACUUUCUACAUAUAGUGUCUUUUCCAGAGUAUUAGCUUUUUGCUGAUAUAAAGAAUGUGUUUAAAUAAUAAUUGCAGUAAAUACAAGUAAACUAGAGGCGAGUCAUUUCUUAUAUCAUAUUUGUCCACCAGGGGCCCUGAAAGACAGUUUUUUUUAAACUGUAAAACAUCCUGCUCAGUAUGUGUCAGGUUCACAAUUCUUUAAAAGUUAAGCAAAUACAUUUUCUGAUAUUCUUGUUUUAUGCUUGUUUUUUUAAUUUAAACAAUGAAAUAGGUCUGGUAUCUUUCAUAAAAAUAAUUAAAUGAAAGAUAUGUGUUAUUCAUAGUUAGGCGCGUAGCUGACAUGAUUGACAGGUUAGGCUGAGACAGGAUAUCCAGCAUGGCGGCUGCAGCCGAUGAGCCUCCGGAGCCCCCUGCCGUAACAGAUGGCUGACGUCACUCAGGCUUCGUCCAUUUAAAUUUACAGUCUAUGGGAACGAUUGGAGAGAAAGUAGGGAAUAACAUGCGGGAUAGGAGCCACAGGUCGGAGUCAAACCCAGGCCGCCCGCUUGGAGGACAAUGGCCCCCGUAACAUGGGGCUCACACAACAACCACUAGGCUACCAGCACCCCCAGCGUUAGUCGUUUUAACUUUAUGUAUACAGCUCUCAGUUGGAUUAGGAACAGUCAUUGGGAAAAGUAGUUUCUUCCUUUGUCUGCAACAAAAGACAAAAACUUGUUAUGUGGAAGCACCUUCAAAUGAAAGUCUGUCUGGUUAAUAAACAACACUUAUCUGUUUGAAGAAACCUAAAGGUACAUUUUGCACAACAGCACACAUGAGAAGGGAAGGACAAACAUAUAUAACUAAGUAGGGAUACCAUAAUAUUUCAGUCAGUAAAACUUGGAAACUAAGUAUUCCUUUACUUAAGACAAGAUAGUGGUUUAUUACUUUUACAUAACUGAGCUGAGUAGCUUUGGAGCUGAACCGAAGACGAGUGCAAAAAGGGUGCACAAUGUUCCAUCUGCUCUGCAAAAAAAGUGAACACAUCAGCAGCAUGGGUGGGCAGAGAUAUAAUAACACAUUUCCUCCCCUUGUUCAUAUCAGUUGUCUCUGAGUUAAGUGUUGUGAAACCAGCCUUUUGUAAAAACACCUUUCAUUAAGAGUAGACUUUAAAGAGAAUGACAUUUCUAUAGAUCUACUGAGUUUUAUAAUAGUGCCAUGAUAGAGCUGUAUUCAGAGCCACCCGACGGUUGUACAGUUGUGUAAAGAAACAAAUAGUGCCGAGUCUGGACCUGUGCCCAAGAUGAUGACUCACCCUGGCCAACAUGACGGGAGGGACAGAGAGACGAGAGGACCAUCUGUGUGCAUGAACAUGCCUGUUUUUGUGCGUGUGUGUGUGUGUGUGUUUCAAUGAGUGCCAUAUGUGUGUGUAUGAAAGCAAGGACAAAGUGUUGUGAUGUGUCUUUUUGUCCACUCACUCUCUCUGCCCCACUCCCUCUCUGAUAUGUAACCUCAGCUGGUUAGACUGAACAUAACCACAGAUUAACUGAUUGUUGUUUCAUGACUGUAACAUGCUGUGGACUCACAGUGAAGGUGAGCAGGUGAUUGUGUGUAAUAAACCUUUAAACUUCACAGAAGCAUAUGCAGAGAAAGUGCCACUGAGUCCUGCUUUCCUAAAUAAUGUUUCAGGACCCAUAUUGGGUUUAGAAAAUGCAAAACAACUCAAUUUGCCUGGAAGGGUAGUUUACGUUCAUGAGAACACGUUAAUCCAUCUAAAUAUACAAGCAUGGGCUCAAUCUAGUUUUUAAAGAAGUAUUUUGCCUUCAUUUCAAUGCAUAUAUGACCCAUACUUACAGUAGGCUUUGUGAUUAAGUUGUUUGGGAAGAGAAGUGUCUUCACUGGUCACAGUUCAGUGAUGUCUUGUAUACUUGUAAUCAUGUAAGCCUGAGUUGAUCAUCGAUCAAUAAAACCAUUGUACACUU